GGGGAAUUUUUAGUGAAAACAAACUCAAACAAAUUUUACUCAAAUAAGAAUAGUGACACUUCAUUAUGAAUUUACUCAAGUCAAAAGUAAAAAGGAUAAUAAAGGUAGUAAAAAAUUACUCAUAAAAGUGCACUUUUCCAAAAAAAAAAUUACUCAAGUAAUUGAGUAAAUGUCACUAGUUACUCGUUAACAUUGCAGCGACGUUAGCUGGAGAUGCGAGAAGGAAAGAGGAGGAGGAGGAAGAAAAGAUGACUGCCAGUCCGUCCCACUCCCGAGGCACCGGGAAUCAGAGCGGAGCGAGGAGAUGCCACCGGCUGGCAGACACUGACAAAGGCAACAAGUCUUGAAGGCCAAAACUGAUCCGGAUACUCCAGACCUCCACGUCCAGAGAAACACAACUGACGAAGGAGACCACUUCUUCCUCCUCCUCCUUUUCCUUCCCCGAUCCGAGGGAACUCGACUCAGGAAGAAGCGACUGCAGGACGGACAGAGAGUCAAGAUGCUGGCUCAGAUCCUCAAGGAGAUGUGGGUGGACCCCGAGGUGCUGGAGGCGCUCAGCGAGGAGCAAAAGAGGGUCCUGUUUCUGAAGAUGAGAGAGGAGCAGGUACGGCGCUGGAGAGUGCGUGAGGAGAAGGAAGAGAGAGAAGGAAGGACCAACAGGAACACAAAGCCCAAGAAAGCUUCCAGUAAACAAGUGAGCUGGCUCCUCAGUAGGGACGGCGAUGUGAGCGUGACUAUAAUUGGAGAAGUGGAUGAAUUUAGGUCCUCCAAGGUUCUGCAGAACCACAUGAACAGACUCCUCAGUGAUAACAGGAACUGCAUCCAGACGGCGGACCUGCUGCCAGGAAGUGAUGCCCAGCAGCUCAGCAUCAAAGACGACGCCAAGCUCCCUCUCACAGAUGUUAAUGAGGAUCCAGGUUCACCAAUCAACCAGUCAUCUGAGGAGGAGGUGGCGGACUGCAGCACUGAUGAGGACCCGAAGGACCCCGACGACGACAGCUGCAGCAACUCGGAGAACGUUAUUGAGCUGAACCUCGUCUACAGGCCGCAUUUUCGUAAAAGCCUGUUCCUACGAAGCCACCAGUCAGAACCAAAGAGAGUCACUCCACAGGACGGAGAAACUCGGUGGCGCAGAGAGACGUCAGAAAACGAAGGUCGCGUGCCUGAUCUCAAGAAGGCGUUUGCGGACGAUGCCUGCAGCAAACCACCCGCCUGCAAAAAACCCCCCAUUCCUGUCAAACCGGCUCAUCUACAGAAAAGCAGCACGGCGCUGGUCCAUUAAGAAGCCACUGUGUCUCCACCCUGCCGUACGUCAACACACCCGACCCCUGAGGAGUGGGAGCUGACGCAAACGCCGCAGCUCAUUUGUACUCCUGCUUGAGGACCCGAGUGGGGGAUAAAUACACUGCAAAAAAAAAGUUAAAAAAAAAAAAAGGACAGAUGGAGAAGCAUCUGUGGAGGGGAGCGAGACUGUGUACUUAAUGGGGGAAACUGAAAUUCAGACUCUUACAUUUUCGCAGAGUCUGAUCUCGAUGCAGACACUGAGGGGGGACAUGUCCGUAGGACGCAGACACAAACACACUGCUGAAUGGAAAAACACAGUGGUUUUAUACUGGGAUGACCUAGGGUGAAGUUGGAAACCGAAAAGCGUCAACCAGUCACAAAUAUUCAUCCAUGUUCAUAUGAGCUCUGGACUUUCUUUUCAGCAGAUCCUGGGAAUGAAAUGACACAAAUGGACUCAGUGAAACGGACUUCUUGUACCUUUAUCCUUAAAGGGAUUUUAGACAAUUUAAUUAUACAUCUCAACAUUCACAUGGGAACGCUCCCUUGCACUCGUUCACUGACAAGCACUGACCUGCUCGUCAAGAGCCCUUGAGGCUCCAGAUAAAUUGCUCAAGAACUCGUCCAAGUGUUAGCACAAAACCACUGAGCAGUUUCUGGACAGCAACGCCUCUUUGCUGAUUCAUAUUUCAUUCUCUAUUGCAAAUGGCUUAAUGGUUCACGUUUGAGCUGCCACUCAACCACAAGGGAAGUUGUUUAAUACAAGGUUAGCAAGAAACUGUCUUAAAUCUCACUAUCUUCUAACUCUCCCAACACGAGUUUGGCUACUCUGUCAAUUUCUGAAUUUAGCCCAGAAAAUAUGUCAAUACGUUGGCCCGAUUGAUCAACUCUAAACAUCUUUUCAACCACAUUAUUAAAGAAUAGACGUCUUUAUGUGUAACAAGUUUCAACUUUAACUUUUCAACCACAUUUUACUUAUAGAGAAAAGGUCUUUAAAAAAAAAAAAAGAAGAAGAAAAAAACUUUCAAUAGGAUGUCCAUUUCUCUGAAUUUGCUCAGUGGGGAAAUUUUCAGCAGCACUUUAGAUAUUGACGUUUCCAAAUAAAUAUUACUGCUUUAAAUUUGCACCUUCUUGUGUUGAGCCAAUCAACACGUAAGCAAGCUAUGACGGAAAAUGCGAUUUUCUGGAUGUGUUAGCAUGCUAACGCUAGUAUUAAGUGUUGGCUAAAUGAUACAGAAGGGCUGAGAAGCACAAAAGCAUGUGAGAAUGGUUAAAACUAUACAAAAUUACCAUAAUAAAGUGGACAUUAUCGAUUGGAAUACAUGCCCGAGGAUGCCUAUAUGUGAAACAAGAGGAAGCCUACAUAUUUUGCUCAGCCAUCGUCAUAUGUUAGCAUGCUAACGCUAGCAUUAAACGGCGGCUAAGUGAUACUUUGGGAGGCACAAAGGCAUGUUAGCAUUGUUAACACAGGACAAACCUUACACAAUGAAGUUGACUUUAUAGACUGGAAUACAUGCCUGAAACAAGACGAAACUUACAUAUUUUGCACUAGGAUGGCCUGAAGCUUGUGCUGCCUGAUGAGAUCUCUUCCACAUCUUCUUGAAUUCUUGGGCUAUUUUCAGUGUUUGUCUCAGGUGUGGCUACCACAAGCACAGUUUAAAUCGUCAGCAUCAUUAACAAAGAGACAGUUGUGCUGGGGUAAUAAAAAGGAGCUCAGAAAGAGAAGCAAACCUGUUUGCAUUAAAACUUGUUGGAUCUUUAAGCUCAUGAUACCUGCUUGUUGUCAUCCACUGAGAAGGAUUUUUGUCUUAUAAGAAACUCUAGUCUCUAUGUAUUAAGGUGCAACGUUUUGUUUUAAUCCUGAACACCCACGUGUCAUACAGCUGUGAGUCAGACAUCCGUAAUCACGUGCUGGUGCGAGCACAAGACAUGAGACCUCCGAGCCAGUAGGGUGCCCCAGAGAGCUCACGACUUCACGUACAAACUAUAAUUAUCUGAAACCUCAAAAUUUGUAGUCAGAUUUUAAAAAAACAAACAAACAAAACAACUAAUUGGGGGUGGUAGAACAGGUGUUCCAAAGGGUGAAGCUACAGUUCUGUUUAUUUUACAUUUUAAAAAAUGGAAAAUUUAAUUCCUAUCAUCCAAGAAAAAAAUUGCUUCUUGUAAUUUUUGUCAUAACAUGUUUAGUACAUUCUGUACAGAGUCCAACAGAACCCUGAGGGUGGACACCGCCAUAGUCCAUCAGAUAUUAGAAGCUGUGAAAAACAUGAAGCCACACAGAACAGAAGCAAGAGUCUUAGUAUUUUAUGGUUUGUUUGAGAUGUAGUUACUACCUAACUUGUGGGUCAUGUGUUCACUUUACUUGGUCACCAAUUGAAUCCCUGCUCAUGCUGACUCUGCUGACUGUUUCUUUUCUUCUUUUUUUUUGUAUUAUAACCAAAUGUAAGCAUUUGUACUAUUUAUCUGUUGUCUAUGUGGAAAAAAAGGAACAAAUUAUAAAACGUUGAAU